AUGGACACGGAAGCCGUGCAACCCCAGGAGGCUUCGCUGACGGUCAACGAGCAGGUUAUUGUCAUGUCCAGCCACGAAACCAUCCGAGUGCUGGAGGUCGGCGUGGAUGCCCCGCUCCCGGCUGAGGAGGACCGGAAAGCCUUGGAGAUGCCACCAGGGGAGGUCGCACGGGGCUCCCCGGGAGAGCCCGGCCACCCGGGCAGAGAGGACGUCCCAGCCAGCACCCAGGGCUCGAAAAAGCAGGAAAAGGGUGGGUUUCUUCGUACAAAAAUAGAAGAGGAUGAAGUGAUCGAGUCCGGGCUGGUGCAGGACUUCGACGCCAGCCUGUCGGGCAUCGGCCAGGAGCUGGGUGCCGGGGCCUACAGCAUGAGCGACGUCCUCGCGCUGCCCAUCUUCAAGCAGGAAGAAUCGAGUUUGCCUCCUGAAAACGAGAACAAAAUUCUGCCUUUCCAGUACGUGCUGUGCGCCGCCACGUCCCCCGCCGUCAAGCUCCACGACGAAACGCUCACCUAUCUCAACCAAGGGCAGUCCUAUGAAAUCCGGAUGCUGGACAACAGGAAAAUCGGGGAGCUGCCAGAGAUAAAUGGGAAACUGGUCAAGAGCAUAUUCCGGGUGGUGUUUCAUGACCGGCGGGUGCAGUGAACGCCGCACACUCCCUGUGAAUCUGCUCCUUCUUCUACUGCAAAUGGCAGCUUGUUGUCCAUAUGUGCCACUACAGAUAUCCCAAUGUCCGUGGGCAUCAUUGACCCUAGAGCCAACCCAACCCAGCUCAAUACAGUGGAGUUCCUAUGGGAUCCUUCAAAGAGGACGUCAGUGUUUAUCCAGGUUCACUGUAUCAGCACGGAGUUCACCAUGCGGAAGCAUGGAGGAGAGAAGGGGGUGCCCUUUCGGGUCCAGAUAGACACGUUUAAGGAGAAUGAGAACGGGGAGUACACGGAGCACCUGCACUCUGCCAGCUGCCAGAUCAAGGUCUUCAAGCCCAAAGGAGCUGAUCGGAAGCAGAAGACGGACAGGGAAAAGAUGGAGAAGCGAACGCCUCAUGAGAAAGAGAAAUACCAGCCCUCCUACGAAACUACGAUACUCACAGAGUGCUCUCCCUGGCCAGAGAUAACGUACGUCAAUAACGCGCCGUCCCCCGGCUUCAACAGCUCCCACAGCAGUUUUUCCAUCGGCGAAGGCAAUGGCUCUCCAAACCACCAGCCCGAGCCACCCCCGCCGAUCGCAGAUAACCUCUUGCCCACCAGCACGCCCCAGGAGGCCCAGCAGUGGCUGCACCGAAACCGCUUCUCCACUUUUUCUCGGCUUUUCAGAAACUUCUCAGGUGCCGACUUACUGAAGCUGACCAGAGAAGAUGUUAUCCAGAUCUGCGGCCCCGCGGACGGCAUCAGGCUCUUCAACGCGUUAAAAGGACGGAUGGUGAGGCCCAGACUGACCAUCUACGUGUGCCAGGAGUCCCAGCAGCUGAGGGACCUCCAGCAGAAACACGAGGACGGGGACGCAGUAACCAGUACUUUCUUCGUGUACCACGCCAUCUACCUGGAGGAACUGACGGCGGUGGAGCUGACGGAGAAGCUGGCCCAGCUCUUCAGCAUCUCUUCCCAGCAGAUCAGCCAGAUUUACAAGCAAGGCCCGACGGGGAUACACGUGCUGAUCAGCGACGAGAUGAUACAGAACUUCCAAGAUGAAUCCUGUUUCGUUCUGGACACCAUGAAAGGUGAGUAA